GACAGCGGCGCUAGGCGACGGCGGUUGCUGCGGCGACGGCCCCCCCGGCGCACUGCGGUCCAGCGCGGCCACCGCUGCUCCUGCCGGACCCGCGAUGCUCCAGCUGCACUGGGAAGGCUCGGCCCGGGCUCCCGGCGCCGUGGGGACAGGCUGGGUGCGAGCUCCAGCAUCCCCGGGGCGCUGCAAAGGCAGGGGAGUAGAGAGCUGCGGGAGCCAUGUCACUUGGCUCUCGGCUGCUGGCCUGGCCUGAGUGUGGGGACACUGGCCACCACCCUCCUGGCACUCAGGAGGGACAGGCCUUGUGGAGCAAGGGGGCUCAGGAGGCUUGUGAUGGUGACCCGUGGCUGCAGGGUGAAGUGGGGUGACCAGCACCCCACAUCAGGCAGCCAGGGUGUGGGUACCCCCUGGACUGGUGGCACCCCAGCCGUGUCCCCUUCCUCAGGGACACACACACAUGGAGUCUCCUCUUGCCCAGGGACGAGUCCUGUUGAAGGAGUUUUCAGCUUUCUUGGCAUGAAAAUGUCCCCAGGACAUGGGGCCACAACAAUUCGUCCCCUCUGAGUCCUGGAGGUGGCAGGGGUUAGUGACAACGGGCCUGUGCCAGGACCAAGGGGACAUCAGGGACCACGCAGGGCCCCACUGCCUCCCAGUGCCUGCCAGCCCCAGUGGCACUUGGCCUGCUCUGGGUGCAGAGUGCGUCCCCAAGGGCUGCACCACAGCCUUUGCUCCCAGGCUGCUGCUGGUCUAUUCCCCUGGAGCACCUCCUUGGGGAGCAGGCACCACGAGGGACAGGGCACUGCUGGGGGGACAAGGGACACAAGAGAUUGUGGGGGAAAGACCUGCAGUUCCUCAGGCAAUGGGGAAACACGUGGCACCUGGAUGAGGCCAUGGAUCCACAUGGCCCUGCAGUCACUGUCCCCUCCAGCAUUUGUCACCCACUCGGCAGGGUGUGCUGAGGAUGUGAGUGUGAGUGUGAGUGUGAGUGUGAGUGUGAGUGUGUGUGCACAGUCUCCUCCCCCAAGCCCCCUCCCAGCUGCCAGUAUGAAACCCAACCUGCCUUAUAAAUAAUGGAAGCAGGAGGCAGGCAGCUCCCUCAGCCUCCCCAGGGCCAGCCGGGCACCGCGGCCGAGCCCGACCUGCUGCUCACGUGGGGCCAUGCCAGGGGAAGGCAGAGGGGACAGGGUUAAAUGUGGCUGCUGACCAGUUCUCUCCAGUCUGGGGAGCAGUGGUGAAGCUGGGCCCAAGCUGGGGGGGCUGGGUGGGUGCUGAGAUGGGGGUGCUGGGACAUGAGGGACAGCAGUGGGACAACCCCAGCAGGUCGCAGUGCCAGACGUGGCUUGGGCAGGUGAUUCCCCCCAGCAUGUGGGCACAGCCUGGCCUGGGUGCCUGCUGCCCCUGGGGGUGAUGUGCCUCAGGGGCUGUCAGCAGAGCCUGAGGUGGCUGCCGGGGUGAGCAGGGUCUGCAGCAGGAUCUGCACCAGGAUCUCCAGCAUGCCAUGCCCUGCCGAAAGAAGACGGGCACAAGGCAUGGCAUGAGCUUCGGGAGACAGGGCUGGAGAGAGACCUGUGGAAGAUGUCGAACCCGAGAAACGGCGACACCAAGCCCCCAUGUUUGCCCCGCAAUGGACUGGUGAAGAUCCCCACACAACCCAACGGCCUCGGCUCCGCCAGCAUCACCAAAGGCACCCCUGCCGUGAAAAACCGCCUGUGCCAGCCUUCCUCCGUGCCUGCCAUCCUCAGCCCGGCCUUAGCCCACCGCAGCGACCUGCCCAUCCCCAGCCUGGCCUCCCCGCUCUCCUUGGCCACCCUGGCCAGCGUCUCCUCCCCUCCUGGCGCUUCCUUGGUGGGACUGAAUACGAGCGAAGGCUCGGAGCAGCCCUCUCCGGAGCGGCUGCCAGGCUCGCCCUCGGAAAGGCAGCUGGCCGUGGACGAGAAGAUCCUUAACCGCUUGUUCUGGUACUUUUCGGCGUGCGAGAAGUGCGUGCUGGCGCAGGUGUGCAAGGCAUGGCGGCGGGUGCUCUACCAGCCCAAGUUCUGGGUGGGCUUGACGCCCGUCCUGCACACCAAAGAGCUCUACAACAUCCUGCCUGGUGGAGAGAAGGAGUUCGUCAGCCUGCAGGGCUUCGCCGUCCGCGGCUUCGACGGCUUCUGCCUCGUGGGCGUCUCUGACCUGGACAUUUGUGAGUUCAUUGACAACUACCCCCUCUCCAAGAAGGGGGUCAAGUCCAUGAGCCUUAAGAGGUCGACCAUCACAGAUGCAGGGUUGGAGGUGAUGCUGGAGCAGAUGCAGGGCGUGGUGCGGCUGGAGCUGUCGGGCUGCAACGACUUCACGGAGGCCGGGCUGUGGUCCAGCCUCAACGCCCGCAUCACGGCGCUGAGCGUCAGCGACUGCAUCAACGUGGCCGACGACGCCAUCGCCGCCAUCUCGCAGCUCUUGCCCAACCUCACCGAGCUCAACCUGCAAGCCUACCACGUGACGGACACGGCGCUCGCCUACUUCACCGCCAAGCAGGGCUACACCACCCACACCCUGCGCCUCAACUCCUGCUGGGAGAUCACCAACCAUGGCGUGGUCAACAUGGUCCACAGCCUGCCCAACCUGAGCGUCCUCAGCCUCUCAGGCUGCUCCAAGGUGACGGACGACGGCGUGGAGCUGGUGGCUGAGAACCUGCGGAAGCUGCGCAGCCUCGACCUGUCCUGGUGCCCCCGCAUCACCGACAUGGCCCUGGAGUACAUCGCCUGUGACCUGCACAAGCUGGAGGAGCUGGUGCUCGACAGGUGCGUGCGGAUCACCGACACCGGCCUCAGCUACCUGUCCACCAUGUCAUCCCUGCGGAGCCUUUACCUGCGCUGGUGCUGCCAGGUGCAGGAUUUUGGCCUGAAGCACCUCCUGGGCAUGAGCAGCCUGCGCCUCCUCUCGCUGGCUGGCUGCCCCUUGCUGACCACCACGGGGCUGUCGGGGCUGGUGCAGCUGCAGGAGCUGGAGGAGCUGGAACUCACCAACUGCCCCGGGGCCACCCCGGAGCUCUUCAAGUACUUCUCCCAGCACCUCCCGUGCUGCAUGGUGAUCGAGUAGCGCCGGACCCGGCCCACCCCGCGCCCACCCCGGCCGCCAUCGCCCACCCCAUCUCCCUCCGGCUGCUGGGGGAUUCGAGAGACGCCCCCGAUUCCAACCGAGCCCGGACAUCCCCCGCAUCGACGCCCCCGAGGGACGCGGGGCUCCGGGGGGAGAUGGGGGCAGGCGUCGCCCCCGGCCGGAGCCCCCCGGGUACCAUGUAAAUUCCCCCCACGCCGCCGCCAUCGCCCGUGCUCCUCCCGGUGUCCUGCCAAUCCCUUCCGGACAUACGAACGGACAUCAUGGAAGCCCAAAGUGGGAAGGCGACGCUGUGUGACCCCCCCCGGCCGCAUCCUGCUCCCCCCGCCCCGGUGCCGAGCGGGCACACGGCCCCGCCACCAAGGAUGCUCCUGGGGACCAAAGGAUGCUCCCAGGGAUGGGCCAGAGGAGGAUGCUUAUUUUUGGGUGGCGGCGGAGGCUGGAUGGGUCCCCUCAGGCCCCUGGAGCGGGGCACCGAGCUCACCCCCCACCUCCCCGUGCUGCGUGUCCCCUGCAGCCCCCAGCCCCGCCUUUGGGGCACUUUCUCCUGGUGAAUAGGAUGUCCCUCUCCGCCCGCCCGCCACCCUCGCAUGCUCGCUUGCUUCAGUCUCGUGCUACGGCAGGUUUCGGGGUACCCGGGGGGACGGUGACAAGUGACAGCCCCACUGAGCCCCUCCACGCGGCUUCGCCCCGGCCGGGUCCUGCCCCGGCAGCCGGGCUCCCCUGGCGAGCACCCCCGCCGCCCUGGGGACCCCACUGCACCCCGCGGGGCUGUGGGGUGAUGCCACCGCCGAGGAGCGACCCAUCCGUCUGGGAUGGGACAUCCCGGGGGACCAGGGCCGGGUCUGAGCCACCGCGGCGACACCGGCAGCGCAGAGAGACCACAGGAGGUGGCACCCAGGACACACUGCCACCGCCACCGCUCUUCCAGCUGAAAAGCCAUCGCCUCGAUGCCAGCGGCAAGCGGGGCACCGGGGGGACCCCUGGGCUGCGCCGAGAUGGGACCGAGCCGGCGCGGGGCUGAGGUGCCCACGGGGACCCAGCGCGGGAGGGGCUCCGUGACCCCCCCCGCGACAUUGCCCGCUGCCACAGCAGCCGUGGGAGGAAUUGGGCAUGGAUACGGACACGGACAUGGGCACGGACACGGGAUGGGCACGGACACGGACACGGACACGGACACGCUUUCGGUUUGUUUUGCCUUUGUACCGGCCGGGAAGGAACUGCUGCACCAACUGCCGCCUCCGCUC